AUGUCUGUUGGCUGUACAACUGGGAACCAGGUUGGUCGUAGGAUAUACCUGCCAGCUUCUUUUAUUGGUGGUCCAAGGGAUAUGAGACGUAGGUACCUAGAUGCUAUGUCUUUGGUACAGAGAUAUGGUAAGCCCGACCUGUUCUUGACUAUGACCUGUAACACAAUGUGGAAGGAGAUACAUGAUAACUUGAAGUAUGAUGAGGAAGCUCAGGAUAGACCAGAUUUGGUUGCUAAAGUGUUUCGUGCAAAGUUUGAAGUGCUUAAAACAGAGAUAGUUAAAAAGAAACUGUUUGGUGAAGUUGCAGCUUUUGUUUAUGUAAUUGAAUACCGGAAAAGAGGCCUUCCUCAUGCCCACAUUCUGGUGAUUUUGAAACCAGAAGCUAAACCACUGAAUCGAGAGGCAUACGAUAGAAUGGUUUCUGCUGAGCUGCCUGACCCAAAUGAACAGAGUUACUUGUACUCCCUUGUUAUAAAACACAUGAUGCACGGCCCUUGUGGAUCGCUGAAAAAAGAAAAUGUCUGUAUGCGUAAUGGAAUGUGUAAAAAUCGUUAUCCAAAGGAGUAUAUUGAGCAUACUACGCAUUCUGAAGAUGGUUACCCGCAUUAUAGGCGAAGGAAUAAUGGCAGGUCUGUUAGAGUAAGAAACCAUUCUUUGGAUAAUAGGUGGGUUGUCCCCUAUACUCCAUACCUUCUUGCUCUUAUAGAUUGUCACUUAAAUGUCGAGAUCUGUUCCACUGUUAAACUUGUCAAGUACUUAUACAAAUAUGUCUAUAAGGGACACGAUCGAGUAAGCUUUCACAUAUAUUCUGAGAAUGAUCCAGAAGAUAUAGAUGAGAUCCAUGAAUUUCAGUCUGCUAGAUGGGUAUCAGCUGCUGAAGCAAUGUGGCUCAUUUAUAGGUUCCCGUUGAAUGAAAUGACGCCUUCCGUUUACACACUUCAGUUGCAUCUUCCAGGAGAACAAGUUGUUUCUUUCCACAAGAAUACAAAUCUGUCGAAUCUGGUUGAUAGUACGGAUUUUACUAAGACGAUGCUGACUAAAUUUUUUGCCAUGAAUAGGCGCAGUAAACAGGCACGUAAACUGAAAUGCCUGUAUCGAGAGUUUCCAGAGUACUUUGUUUGGCAUCCUGAUAAGAAAAAAUGGACUUGUAGAAAGCGUAGAAAGGUGAUCGGCCGAGUGGUUACUGUCCGUCCCAACGAGGGCGAACGAUACUUUCUAAGAUUGCUUUUAUCUCAUGUUCGUGCGCCAAAAUCAUUCGACCAUCUUCUCAUUGUCGAUGGACAGCUUGCAUCUUCAUAUCGAGAAGCUGCCUUUUGA